CAGUACAUGGUACAUUUUCCUCUAUAAAUGUGGAAUCUAUUUGCUCUUGCUAACACAUUCAGUAGCUCUGAGUUUCUUUCUUCAUCCAUUAGCAUUCUGUUCCAAUAUUUUCAGUCUCAAUGGGGUUCUGUCUUCCUCACAUCCUUGCUUUUCUAACUCUCACACUGGUGGCAUGCCAUGCUGCUCUACCACCUCAACUUUACUGGAACUCUGUCUUGCCAAACUCAAAAAUGCCAAAAGCUAUCAGUGAACUUCUCCAGCCUGCAGAUUUCACAGAGGAUAAGAGCACCUCUGUUGUAGUAGGAAAGGGUGGUGUCAACGUUGAUGCAGGAAAAGGAAAGCCCGGAGGCACCCAUGUCGAUGUUGGGAAGGGUACUGGAGUGCAUGUGGAAGCCGGAAAAGGAAAGCCAGGCGGUGGCACUAACGUGAACGUAGGAGGCAAAGGCGGUACUGGGGUGAACACCGGGAAGGGAACCAACGUUGGUGUUGGCAAAGGAGGAGUGUCCGUAAACACAGGGCACAAGGGAAAGCCCGUGUAUGUUGGAGUAAAACCAGGACCAGACCCUUUUAACUACCAGUAUGCAGCCACCGAAACCCAACUCCAUCAAGACCCAAACGUUGCUAUUUUCUUCUUGGAGAAAGACAUGCGUCCUGGAACAACAAUGAACUUGCACUUCACCACAAAUUCAAACACGCAAACUUUUGUGCCGCGCGAAACUGCGGAAUCCAUCCCAUUUUCGUCCAACAAGCUGCCAGAAAUCUUCAACCAAUUUUCAGUGAAAUCGGGUUCCGUGGAAGCGGAUAUAAUCAAGGGUACAAUUCAAGAGUGUGAGAAUCCAGCCAUUAGAGGAGAGGAGAAAUAUUGUGCUACCUCUUUGGAGUCCAUGAUUGACUUUAGCACUUCUAAGCUUGGAGGAGGAAAUGUUCGAGCAAUUUCGACAGAAGCCGGAAAAGGAGCUACAUUGCAGAAGUACACAAUAACUUCUGGAGUGAAGAAGUUGGCGGCGGAUAAGUCGGUCGUGUGUCACAAGCAGAACUAUCCCUAUGCUGUCUUUUACUGCCAUGCAACAAAAACAACAAGAGCUUAUGUGGUGCCCCUGAAAGGUGCUGAUGGGGUGAAUGUUAAAGCAGUAGCAGUCUGCCAUACAGACACAUCGGAGUGGAACCCUAAUCAUUUGGCCUUCCAAGUUCUCAAAGUUAAGCCGGGAACUGUUCCGGUCUGCCAUUUCCUUCCCAGUGAUCAUGUUGUCUGGGUUCCAAACCAGAAAUCUACCUGAUUUGACUGAUCAACCCUUGAGUUCUACGUAUGAUGAUGUGAUCAGCUCAAUCAGCAUAGUUUGAGUGGCAAGAGUUUGAAAUUAAAUCGACCGUCGAUUACUUCUUAUUGUCACUAUGUAUUUCAGCCUAUAUAUAUACUCAUAAAUGAAAGCAUACUAUCGUGUGGACUUGUACCAAAAAGCAUGCUAGUGGACAUGCUCUACUACAUUCAGUAAUAGUUAUAUAUGCUUUGAUUCUGUGGUGCCA